AUGCCAUGUGUCCCGCGGAGCCGGGCGGCACACCUCAGCUUCUGUCUCCUCGUCCUUCACGUCCAGGCGCCCUGCCUGGGCAGGGCCCCACCGGCCGGCAGCUCGCUGUUUCCCGACAGCAGGCAAGAACAAUUUGUCAAGACAUUGCCAGAAUACCAUGUGGUUGAUCCAGCAAGAGUAGAUGCAAGUGGUCAUUUUCUUUCUUUUACUUUACACCACCAUGUCUCAAGCACAAGGAAGAAGAGAGAUCUGAGCAAAAAGGAAGAAGUGGUGUACUACAAACUUAAACACGAAGAGAAGGAUCUGUUUUUUAACUUGACUGUCCAUGCGGGAUUUCUUUCCCAUAACUUUGUGGUAGAAAGGAGACAUGGCAACCACACUAGGGCGAAAUUUGCAAGUCACUCUGGAGUUCCGUGCCACUUUGUUGGCACAGUGUUACAGCCAGGUUCCGGGAGUGGGACAGCAACAAUCAGCACUUGCAAUGGCCUGACUGGAUAUUUCUGUCUGCCCCACGGACACUACUUCAUUGAGCCCAUUAAAAAGCAUUCACAGAAAGAGGGAACACCCCAUCCCCAUAUUAUCUAUGGGGCGAAUAUCCUUCAAAAUGCUGUAAGGAGAGGACGGGCAAUCCCAAUGGAAAAAGAACAAGCAUGUGGAUUGAAUGAUACCCACAGCUUUUUCAAACAGCAGCAGCGUCAAAGGGAGAGGUGGGAAGAAAACCGUAUGGCAGUCAGAAGGGUUUCUCGACGCUCUGUGAGCAAGGAGCGAUGGGUGGAGACGCUUGUGGUUGCAGACAGUAAGAUGGUUGAAUAUCAUGGAAGUGACCACGUGGAGUCCUAUAUCCUCACUAUAAUGAAUAUGGUCACGGGGUUGUUCCAUGAUCCAAGCAUUGGCAAUGCAAUUCACAUUGUGCUGGUUCGACUCAUCCUCUUUGAGGAGGAGGAGCAAGGCUUGAAGAUAGUUCACCACGCUGAUAAGACACUAGCCAGCUUUUGCAAAUGGCAGAAGAGUGUCAAUCCGAAGAGUGACAUCAACCCUACACACCAUGAUGUGGCUGUCCUUCUAACCAGAAAGGACAUUUGUGCUGGCAUGAAUCGUCCAUGUGAAACCUUAGGUUUGUCUCAUCUGUCAGGCAUGUGUCAACCUCACAGAAGCUGUAACAUCAAUGAAGAUUCUGGCCUUCCACUGGCUUUCACUAUUGCUCAUGAGCUUGGACACAGUUUUGGUAUCCAGCAUGAUGGAAAAGAGAAUGACUGUGAGCCUGCUGGAAAGCGCCCAUAUAUUAUGUCCCGGCAGCUGCAGUAUGAUCCUACCCCACUCACCUGGUCACAGUGCAGCAAGGAAUACAUCACACGUUUCCUAGACCGUGGGUGGGGAUUCUGUCUGGAUGAUGUACCCCAAAAAGAAGUUCUGAAGUCCCCAAUUAUUGCUCCAGGAGUGAUUUAUGAUGUGCAUCACCAGUGUCAGCUUCAAUAUGGUUCCAAUGCCACUUUCUGUGAAGAUGUGGAUAACCUUUGCCAAACACUCUGGUGCUCAGUGAAAGGCUCCUGCCGCUCCAAAUUGGAUGCAGCUGCUGAUGGAACUCGGUGUGGAGAAAACAAGUGGUGCUUCUCUGGUGAGUGCAUUACAGUAGGCAAGACUCCCGAGGCAAUCCAUGGAGGAUGGGGUGUUUGGUCAUCCUGGUCCCAUUGCACAAGGACCUGUGGGGCAGGAGUUCAGAGUGCAGAGAGACCAUGCGAUAACCCAGAACCACAGUUUGGAGGAGACUACUGCACUGGAGAGAGGAAGCGCUAUCGCAUGUGCAACAUUAGCCCCUGUCACAAAGGCUUGCCAACCUUCCGUCAGAUGCAGUGCAGUGAAUUCGAUACAGUUCCCUACCAGAACGAAUUCUACCACUGGGUUCCUGUUUAUAAUACAGCAAACCCUUGUGAGCUCCACUGUCGCCCAGUAGAUGGCCAUUUUUCAGAGAAGAUGCUUGAUGCAGUCACUGAUGGUACUCCUUGUUUUGAAGGAAAGCACAGCCGAGAUAUCUGUAUUAAUGGCAUGUGUAAGACUGUUGGCUGUGAUUAUGAGAUAAAUUCCAAUGCAACUGAAGACCAGUGCGGAGUUUGCCUGGGAGAUGGGUCUGACUGUCGUACAGUGAAGAUGGUGUUUAACCAAAGUGAAGGAUUUGGGUAUGUUGAUAUUGGACUAAUCCCAAAAGGUGCAAGGGGAAUCAAAGUCAUGGAAGUUGCAGAAGCAGGAAAUUUCCUUGCCGUGCGAAGCAAAGACCCAGAAAAAUAUUACCUGAAUGGAGGCUUUAUCAUCCAGUGGAAUGGUGAAUACAAAGUGGCAGGCACGAUAUUUCAGUAUGACAGAGCAGGGGAUCUAGAAAAUCUAACUGCUCCAGGACCCACCAAUGAAUCAAUAUGGAUUCAGCUGCUUUUCCAAGAAACUAACCCUGGAAUAAAGUAUGAGUAUACUGUACGUAAAGAAGAAGGUCACGAGAAUGAGAUUGGAGAGCCAGAGUAUUUUUGGCAGUAUGGAGACUGGACAGCCUGCAGUGUUACCUGUGGCAGAGGAGUGCGGCGCCAGGUUGCCCACUGCAUGCGGAAGGGCAGCGGAGCCAUCAAGAGCUCCUUUUGUGACCCAUCAACGCAGCCAAACGGGCGACAGAAGAAAUGCCAUGAGAAGGACUGUCCGCCCAGAUGGUGGGCAGGAGAGUGGCAGAAAUGUUCCACCACUUGCGGUCCAACAGGCCAGAAGAAGAGAACUGUACUUUGCAUCCAGACAGUGGGAUCUGAUGAGCAGGCGUUGGCUGUCACAGAGUGCCAGCACCUGCUUAAACCAAAGACCCAUCUGUCAUGCAACAGAGAUGUCUUGUGCCCAUCUGACUGGACAGUAAGCAACUGGACUGAGUGCACAGUUACUUGUGGUGGUGGACUAAGGACUCGUAAUGUCACUUGUGCCAAAAACAAUGAUGAGCCAUGUGAUGCUUCCAAGAGACCAAAUUCUAAGGCCUUGUGUGGUCUCCAGCAAUGUCCUUCUGCUGGAAGAUUUCUGAUACCCCCGUUGGCACCCAGAAGAGGAAAGAUCAUAAUCAGAAAAACAAAUACUAAUCCCAAAUGGACUCCUCCUCGAAGAAUACCUAUGCCAAGCCCAAAGUCCCAUACAACAACAAAAAUACCCGAGUCUGAAAGUGUCACUCCCUGUUUGCCCACAUCCUCUGGUUUGGGUAGUGUGUCAGAAAAAGGAGCAACAAAUAACAAAACAUUGCAAAAUAAUUUUGAUAUUUACAAUCAUCCAAUUGUUUCUACUGAAAAUAGUUCACAUCAAAAUACUACUUCAUGGCCUUUCCAUAAUAGCUCAAGUACUAAAAUGAUACAGCGUGUGGAAAAUAUUUCUGAAAGUCAGACAGUUUCUACUGUUGAGAGUGAGGUGCAAAGAAGUGAGGACACUCCUGUCUCCUCUUUUACCAAUAGUCCAGAAAUAACUUCCAGCUAUGAUUAUUUAACUGAAGAAUCUAAUGACAUUGAUGGAUCAGUUGGAGGCAGUGAGAAACCAAUUGAUCUCCUUUACAGUGCAGAACUCCAUCCUGAGAUCAGCACCAGGAGCACAACCUUAGAUAGUAGCUCUUCUGUCCUUCAAAAUGAGAGUGUGACUUCUCAGCCCCUCCCAGCAUCCCAUCGAGAACCUUCUGCACUCGUUCCUGUUAGCAGAGCAGCAAAAGGACUGGCAUUUCCAACAACAGCAAACUAUAUCAGUCUGCAAGUUGAUGUGCCUGUUGCAGAAGCAGCUACCCCACAAGCUUUGGUUACGGUAACGCCCACAGUGUUUGGUCAUGUACCAAGAGACCAGACUGACAACAGAAGAGAAAUAACCCCCAGCACACAGUCACCGGCUGUCGAACAUGCUCUCAGGAACCAAACUGCAACAUCUGAGGGUGUUUUGAAGAACAUCACACCAAAUAGCCACCUAAUAACAUCCAACAAUUUGUUUGCUGAUGCCCACUGGAUAGUAGGCAACUGGAGUGAGUGCUCUACCACCUGUGGAAUGGGGGCUUUCUGGAGACACGUGGAGUGCAGCAGCAAGAACACGUCUCACUGUCAGCACAUGAGAAAGCCUGAUCCUGCAAGAAAAUGUUAUCUGCGCCCUUGUGCUAUCUGGAAAACAGGAAAUUGGAGCAAGUGCUCCGCUAAUUGCAGCGGCGGUUUCAAGGUCCGAGAUGUUCACUGCAUUGAUGUUCGUGAAAAGCGACUCCUCAGGCCUUUUCAUUGCCAAUUACUCGGAUAUAAACCACAACUCAACACCAGUUGUAACACGGAGCCUUGCUUACAGUGGCACGUGGACCCAUGGAAUGAGUGUUCAAGAACAUGUGGUGGUGGCCAGCAGAAGCGACACGUCUACUGCCCUGAGGAAGGCCACUGUGACUGGACAAAAAGACCUGAUGCCAUUGCACCGUGUAACAGGCAGCCUUGUACACAGUGGAUUAACCAGGCGUGGGGCUCGUGCACCGCUUCCUGUGGAGGAGGCAUUCAGCAAAGAACUGUGACGUGCAUGAACACAGAAAUGAACGAAACGGAAGAUGAUGGUAUGUGUAAGGAUAAACCCAAGCCCACAGAGUAUCAGAAAUGUAAUCUGCAAGAGUGCCGGAAAAGUACAGGGCUACCCUGCAGCAAAGACCAGCUGUCGAUUCACUUCUGCCAGAGACUGAAAGGCAUUGGCAAGUGCUUGCUGCCAUCGAUACAGACUCAGUGCUGCUUCACAUGUAGCCAGCCCCGAAUUCGUAACAAAGAAAGAUACUGGGAUCAGCGAGGCCUCAAACAGCAAAAUUACACUAAAUCUAGAAGAAGGUCGCCUCAAAACCAAGAAAACAAUAACCAAGCUGCUCGGCACUAGUUUUUUUUUUAUCUAGUUGCUUUGGAUAGGGCUUCUCUCCACAGGUUUUUUGUUCCCUCUGUCUUCUUCUGAACUAUCCAACAUAAAUGGAAAUCCGUGAUCCAAACGGGGAAAACACAUCCCUUAAGGUUAUCAGUCCUAAUUUACUGCUACAAAUAUGUCUCUGCAAAAAGUCCAAAGUUUGUAACGUAGUUUGCCGUGUACCAGCAGCUAGUACUUCUUAGACAUGUAUAGGGGCUAGAAACAAGCUUGCAAAAACUUUUUGGUUUUUAAGAUGAAUGUUUCACUUGUUCUUUCUCCCAUCUCUUUUCCAAAACCCACUUGAAACAGCAGCACCACUUACUCAAGAUGGCAGAGUGAAAGCAGCUGACAGAGCAGCAGACACAGAUGUGAGCUGUGGGCCAAAUCCCUCACUUACUUUUCUGUCAUUAGGAAUCAAGGUGAACUGGCAACGUUUCUGUAAAUUAUUUGUUGCUCACUUCAUAAAUUUAAAAGCAUAGUUUUACAAUAACUGAUUAUAGUGUGCAGACUGAAUUGAAACAUUGGCUUUUUCAAAAGAAGAAAUGUUCAUGUAGAACCUCUAAAGGAUGCCUCAGCAAUACCCUGUCCUGGCCAGCUUUCUUGUGCUACGAAUGUCUUACUGUAGCCUGAAAACCCCACCAAGCUAGGAUGUUAACUUUCCAAACACGUUGAAAGCAACUUUUCUUGUUACCAUGAGAGCAAAGCAUCUACCACCUUAAUGGAUAGCUGUUCAGUUUUAGAGCUAUUAUUUAAUCCACCAUCUCCUGGUAGAGUGUAAGCCCAUGUUCACAAGAGUACCCUGUCAUCUCAUUUACUACAAACUUUUUCCCAAGUGCAAGUCCUUCAUCAUGGUGAGGUUGUCUGGGACAGAAGCCUGAGACCCAGAGUAUCUGCAUAGCUCUGUGCCUCAGGCAUUAGGAGAACACUAACCAAAUAAUAUAUCUGUUUUGCUAUUGAAGAAAAUGGCAGAACAAACUCGAGGGAGACCAGACCAGAUGCUUUGAAGCAAACCUGUCAGUUUUCAAAAGAACUGGUCAGAGGCUGACAUUUAGAUUCCUUUAAAAUUCAGUAGGUUUUGGGCACCUUGGUUCUUCAUGCUCUUUUGAAAAUCUCAGAUUUAC